CAGCAACCACAGGCUGAGAACUAGCUAAACUUUUAACCACAAACGUCAUGUAAAUAUGUUCAAAUAACGAAGAAUUUCAUGUUAACAUGUGCUUCUACUAAAUAUGAAACUCUAGUUAACAGGAUUUGGUCUAACCUGCUUUUUAUGACGUUAAUAUUGUUGGAGAGGUUAACGUAGGCGAGGCGGCAGUGGGGGUUUCAGAGUUUGGCUAGCUAAGUAACGCUAGCUGUAAAAUCGGACAUAUUGGCCACCCUGAUGAACGUUUGACGUUAAUGUCAUAGCAGUGGACAUAUAGUUAUUAACGUUAUUUGUCGGCGUCAAUCGCUCCCCGGCUUCUUUGGUGAUUUGGCUAACUUUUAAGGCACGUAACCAUAAAACUGACAGGGCUAAAUGAAUGUAUCUUCGUUUUAUGCAUAAAGUUACACGACACUUUGGUGUCAUCUAUAAAACUUCCAGCUAACGGUAGCGUUAAGUGUCCUCUAGAUUGACUUCUGUGUUUGACAGAGUUUAACCGGUGCGCUUUUACUGUGAAGGGGCAAAAGCAGGGCGGAAAGGCGGGUGCGGUUAGCUGCUUGUAGCUCGACAGAGGGAGGACGUAGUGGAGACCGUUGGGAAGCUUUCGCCAAGCGGUUCUUGGGGAUCCCUCUCGUUUGUACGUGUAGGUUAGCCGUGGCACCCCUGGGAUGAAUCCACCGAGCCUCCACGCCUCUGUGGAUUUAAAUUCGCCUGGAAUAUGAACAGAAGAAGAAGAUAAGUGGCUGUGGCUGGCUUCCUGCAGGAUUUUGCCAAGGCUUUUUGUUUUUCCGUGGACAUGCCUCGUCUAUGGAACAAGGCUGCGCGAAGCUAGCUGGCCGACAGUCCAGCUAGCGCGACAUUUCCAGGCUUUGGAUGCUUGUUUGGCAAAAGAGCUGAUUUAUUUUGGAUCAGCGCUACCUCGUCUCCCAGGGGUAAGGAGUCAGGAUGGGGGAGCCCAGCCUGGACGACGCCAAUGUCAAGGUGGCUGUUCGUGUACGGCCCAUGAACAGGAGAGAAAAGGAACUAAACACUAAAUGUGUUGUGGAGAUGGUGAAGAACCAGACGAUCCUCCAUCCCAACCUGGGCAAAGCAGACUCCAGGAGUCAAUCCAAGGUUUUCGCCUAUGAUUACUGCUUCUGGUCCAUGGAUGAAACGGAUAAGGAGAAUUUUGCAGGUCAGGAGGUGGUUUUCCAGUGCCUUGGGGAAAGUCUUCUCCGCAACGCCUUCCAGGGCUACAAUGCUUGUAUCUUUGCCUAUGGACAAACUGGUUCGGGGAAGUCAUAUACCAUGAUGGGUACAGGAGACCAGCCAGGUCUGAUUCCUCGGCUGUGCAGCGCUCUGUUUGAACGAACCCAGACGGAAGGCAGGAAAGAGGAGAGCUUUACUGUUGAGGUGUCCUACAUGGAGAUCUACAACGAGAAGGUCCGAGAUCUGCUGGAUCCCAAAGGGGGGAGACAACCUCUGAGGGUCAGGGAACAUAAAGUUUUGGGUCCUUAUGUGGAUGGCCUGUCCCGACUAGCUGUUGCCAGCUACAAGGACAUUGAGUCUCUGAUGUCAGAGGGGAAUAAGUCUCGGACUGUUGCUGCUACCAACAUGAAUGAGGAGAGCAGUCGAUCGCACGCCGUCUUCAACAUCAUCCUCACACACACACUGAAAGACUUACAGUCUGGGACAAGUGGUGAGAAGGUGAGUCGGUUGAGUCUGGUAGACUUGGCUGGAAGUGAACGUGCAGCAAAAACUGGAGCAGCAGGAGAACGUCUCAAGGAAGGAAGCAACAUCAACAAGUCUCUCACUACCCUGGGCCUGGUGAUCUCAGCACUAGCUGAACAGGGAACUGCCAAGAACAAAAACAAAUUUGUACCUUACAGAGAUUCUGUUCUGACAUGGCUGCUGAAGGACUGUCUGGGUGGCAACAGUCGCACAGCAAUGGUUGCUACUGUGAGUCCAGCAGCAGACAACUAUGAAGAGACACUGUCAACCUUACGAUAUGCAGACAGAGCAAAGAACAUUGUCAACCAUGCUGUUGUUAACGAAGACCCCAACGCUCGCAUCAUCAGGGAGCUCAGAGAGGAAGUAGAGAAACUGCGAGAUCAGCUGACUCAGGCAGAGUCUUUGAAGGCUCCUGAUCUGAAAGACCGUCUGGAAGAGUCAGAAAAGUUGAUUCAGGAGAUGACCAUCACCUGGGAGGAGAAGCUUCGCAAAACUGAGGAGGUUGCACAGGAGCGGCAGAAGCAGUUAGAGAGUUUGGGUAUUUCUCUCCAAUCCUCAGGGAUUAAAGUUGGGGAUGAUAAGAGUUUUCUUGUCAACCUUAACGCCGAUCCUGCCCUAAAUGAACUUCUGGUGUAUUACCUGAAGGAACACACAAAGGUGGGCUCAGCAGACUCUCAGGACAUCCAGCUGUGUGGGAUGGGUAUCCAGGCCGAGCACUGUAUCAUCGAUAUUACGACAGAGGCUGCCGUCAUCCUCACCCCCUACCGCAACGCUCGGACAUGUGUUAAUGGCUCUCCAGUAACCAGUGGUCUGCAGCUUCACCAUGGUGACCGAAUCCUCUGGGGAAACAACCACUUCUUUAGGAUUAACCUGCCUAAGAGGCGUUCUCGGGGAGCUGAGGAUGAAGAGGGUGAGGGAGGUGUGAUGAAGAACAGUGGCAGCAGUGAGCAGCUGGAUGCAGAUGGUGACACAGCCAGUGAAGUGUCCAGUGAGGUCAGCUUCUCCUAUGAGUUUGCUCAGACAGAGGUGAUGAUGAAGGCCCUGGGAAAUAAUGACCCAAUGCAAGCAGUCCUCCAGUCUCUGGAGAGGCAGCAUGAAGAGGAGAAGCGCUCUGCUCUGGAGCGACAGAGACAAAUGUAUGAGCAGGAACUCCAGCAGCUCCGCAAGAAGCUCAACCCAGACCGUCUGUCCACGGGCUCGACUGGAGUGCCGGCAUCUGGCCAGCAGGGUUCAGGACAGCAGUCUCACUACCGCAGCCUGGAGAGACUCAGUAUGGGAGGGAUGACUCAUUCGACCAGCGCUCAGAGCAGACUGAGGCAGUGGAAUGAGGACAGGGAGGCAGUGUUGGUGAGAAGUCUGCGGCGGCUGAGGGAGCAGAUAGUGAGGGCCAACCUCCUGGUGCAAGAAGCUUGUUUCAUUGCAGAUGAAUUGGAGCGACACACAGAGUACAAAGUCACUCUGCAGAUCCCAUCAGACAACCUUAACGCAAACCGCAAGAGGGAUGCUGUGCUCAGUGAACCAGCAAUUCAGGUUCGACGACGAUGUCGAGGGAAGCAGAUCUGGAGUCUUGAGAAGAUGGAAAAUCGCCUGGUCGACAUGAGAGAGCUGUACCAGGAGUGGCAGGAAUACCACGUCCAUCACCAGGACAACCCAAUGAUGCGCUCAUAUUUCCGUCGAGCAGACCCGUUUUUUGAUGAGCAGGAAAACCACAGUCUGAUUGGCGUCGCCAAUGUCUUCCUUUCCUGUCUCUUCUAUGAUGUCAAGCUGCAGUACGCUGUUCCCAUCAUCAACCAAAAGGGAGAGGUGACAGGGCGUCUUCAUGUGGAGGUGGUGAGGGUUGGCGGGGGAUUGGAGGACAACAUGGCUGGAGGAGAUGAAUCUGACAACAACCAAGACAAUGAAAUUCAGGAUCGCAAACUGGUCUGCAUGAUUAAGAUCCUGCAGGCCACUGGUCUUCCCCAGUACCUUUCCAACUUCGUCUUCUGUCAGUAUGCAUUCUGGGACCAGCCUGAGCCCAUCAUUGUGGCUCCUGAAGUAGACCCAUCAUCCUCUUCACCCAACACCAAGGACCCACACUGCAUGGUGGUGUUUGACAGCUGCAAGGAGUUGGCGGUGUCAGUAACAGAGGAUUUCAUCGAAUACCUGACUGAAGGGGCAGUUGCCAUUGAGGUUUAUGGACACAGACAAGCUGAUACAGGAAGAAACCCCGCCCUGUGGGAUCUCAGCAUCAUCCAGGCCAAGACACGCACAUUACGAGACAGGUGGAGUGAGGUAACACGUCGCCUGGAGCUGUGGAUUCAAAUCCUAGAGAUAAAUGAGAAUGGAGACUUUGUCCCGGUGGAAGUGAUUCCUGCUAGAGAUGUGCGGACAGGGGGAAUCUUCCAGCUUCGGCAGGGCCAGUCGAGAAGAAUCCAGGUGGAAGUGCGGUCAGUUCAGGACUCGGGCACCAUGCCUCUUAUAGCAGAAAUACUGCUGGCAGUGUCAGUGGGUUGUGUGGAGAUCAGAAACACCACAGGCAACCAGGAAGGAGACGAGAUGGACAGUUAUCAGGAACGAGACCUGGAACGUUUGCGGGGCCAGUGGUUAGCUGCUCUCACCAAGAGACAGGAAUACCUCGACCAGCACCUGCAGAGCCUGGUCAGCAAAGCAGAAAAGACAGAGGAUGACAUGGAGAGGGAGGCCCAGCUGCUGGAGUGGCGCUUAACUCUGACAGAGGAGAGAAAUGCUGUCAUGGUGCCCUCUGCUGGCAGCGGCAUUCCUGGAGCUCCCGCUGAAUGGGUUCCCCUGCCAGGCAUGGAGACACACAUUCCUGUCGUCUUUCUGAACCUGAAACCCGAUGAUCUCAGCUCUCAAGACCAGUUUGAGGUUCCUGAUGCUGGAGGUUGGGACGCCACCCUGAGCGGAGAGGAUGAGGAUGACUUCUUUGACCUACAGAUCGUCAAACAUCAUGAUGGAGAGGUGAAAGCAGAGGCAUCAUGGGACUCUACUGUCCAUGAGUGUCCCCAGCUCAGUCGUGGAGGAGCGUGGCCGGAGCAGCGGGUAUACCUGACAGUUCGAGUGGUGGUUCAGCUCAGCCACCCCGCAGAUAUGCAGCUGGUCCUGAGAAAGAGGAUCUGUGUCAAUGUAAACCCAGGCCGCCAGGGUUUUGCCCACAACUUUCUCAGAAGGAUGUCAACCCGCAGCACCAUACCUGGCUGUGGGGUCACCUUCGAGGUGGUCUCCAACAUCCCCGGGGAUGCCCCAGGUUCAGAGGACAGGGAGAUGCUCGCCAGGCUCGCUGCCAACGCACACAACAGCCAGUCAGCUGAUGAUGAGGCUGCAAUUGAGAAAUACCUCCGCAGUGUUCUCAGUCUGGAGAACAUCCUGACUCUGGACAGACUCAGACAGGAAGUGGCAGUGAAGGAGCAACUGACAAGCAGAGGGAGGAGUGGCAGACGGAGCUUAAGUUCUCCUUCAGUCCACAGGCUGUCUGGAAGUAGACAGGACCUGUCCACAACCUGCCUGCUGGACGAUAAGGGUCGAUGGGAGAGUCAGCAGGAUAUCUUCAUGCCUCCUCACCGCACCCUCCCCCGGCCCGCCUCCUCCCCCUCCACCUACUCGACCUCCCCUUCUUCAUCCCCAACUCCCUUUGGCAUGAUGCCUCCACAGAACCAGGAACCAGAGCAAGGUCGUUCAGGACUUGCUGCCUCUUAUCUUUCAGUUAAGGCGCUGGUUCCUCAGAUGCCCAAACUGCUCAAGUCUCUGUUUCCAGCACGAGACGAAAAGAAGGAGCUGAGACCUUCGCCACACAACCAGCAGCAGCAUGUUCCUCGCAUCGUGACAUCAGGAGGGGACGAAAACCGAGUCAAAGCUGAGACUGCUAUUCUGCGGCCCCCAACUAAAGAAAGACGGGCAGAGUACCCUGAAGUCCCUCCUCUUCCUGUGCAUGACCCGCAUGACACUACCCCCCUCAGCCCCCUCAGCCAGUCAUCAAGUGGCUACUUCUCCACUAGUGUUUCUACAGUAACCUUGUCUGACGUCCUCCAAACCUCCUCCUCGUCUUCCUCCCUCCUGGCCUCUGAGACUACAUUACCCACAAACACACAGCAGCAGGGCGCUGACAGGAACGAUGUUGUGACCUCUUCUUCUCAGUGUUGCGCCAAGAUGGCCGUUGUCAUCUCUCCACCCGCUCCCCACAGCUCAGCCAAUCACAACAACGUAACAACAGAAAACUCCUUCUCUGAACACAAGCCAGUCAACUCAGGAGAAGGCUUUGAGAGGCUGGAGAUCUUAGUGGACGAUGAAGAGCAAAGCCAUGAUGACGCACUGCCUGAUUGGCUGGCAGAAGGCGCAUAUGUUACAGUAGGAAGCAAUAAGGCCGGGACAGUGCGCUACGUGGGAACGACACAGUUUGCUGAGGGUGUGUGGGUCGGGGUGGAGCUGGACACCCCUGUAGGUAAAAAUGACGGUUCAGUCGGAGGUCAUCGGUACUUCCACUGUAAACCAGGUUACGGGGUGCUGGUUCGCCCAGACAGGCUGUCCUACCGUGAUCGAACCAGCCGGCGCACGGGAGACUUCUCAGCUCCCGCUCAUGUCCCUGUCCUGCGAGGAGAAGCCAUUGUUGCCCGCCGGGGGGAGAACCGCAAAUCCUGGAGCAGUUGAGACAGGGAAACCAGGAGCUGGGUGGGAGAGAUGAACUCCCCACAGAUCAACACUUCCUCUUCCUCUUCCUCUUCCAGCUAUGCAACAGGCUCUCACAUCUGAACUGACAUACUGCCUACUAUAGUCUGAAAACACAUUCACUACAUCCAUUCACAAGGAAUGGAUAAAAUAGAAUAAAGACAUUGAAGAGAAGAGAACGUGUUGAAAGACUAUGCAGAGAAUAUAGAAGUCCAUGACUGUUUAUCAUGUGGGAAGAUGAUGCUAAAUGAGUGGCGGUCAGUGGGAAGACUGCUGCGGAGGAAUAGAAGUCAGUGCAGACUUUGUCAUGUUUGGAGUGUGGGAGCUCUGCAGGGGUCUGGAUGGAAGUUGCAGACUGGAUGAUUCACUGGGGAUAUUUUCUGAACUGAUAUACAGGGAUGCAAACUAGUCACUAUAUAUGCAGGAGUCACUUUUAUAUAGAAAAUAUUUUAAACUUCAUUUUAGAGUGCAGGGAAAAAAAAGAAUGAGAAAAAUUAAGCAUUUAUUUGCAACCUUUUCUUUUUUUUCGGCAUGCAUAAUAAUUAGUUACACUUAGUAUCAUAGCCUGAAAUAUCACAAUACACUAUAUGGGCAUUUGUUACUCUCAGUUUAUGUCUCACUUUCUGCCCUUCAUGAUUGAUAAAAAAAAGGAAGGUCAUAUUAGAUGUUUUAUUUUUUAAUUUGGGGUUAAUGUGACAAGAAGCAAUGCCAGUUGUGCAGUGAUUUUUACCUGUGAUGUAUUUGCAUCCCUGGAUAUGAUGUUGUCUCCCAGAAUCCCAGAAUCCCUUGCUCUGACCGCAACUCCCUGAACUCUGUCUGCAGACACUUUGACUCAUUGAGACACGUCUCCUCGUCCUGGACUCCUUCUCUUUUCUUUUGAACAUAGAUCCUCCCAGAAUGUGCCUUCACCAUGGCUUGGUUUGCAUUUGUUUGUUUGUGUAUUUAAUUGCUGUCGGCUGUGUUUGCGUUGAAGAGAAUGCCUUGAGUUAAGUGUGAGGUGAUCUCAGGGACUGCAGAGGGGAAAGACAAGGAGGGGUGUCUGUGUUUUGUGUGCGUGUUUGUAAAUGUUGCUCAGUGUUGUGCAGUGUUGUCAUGUGUGAACAGAUGAGAUCAUGUUUUCAUUUUGAUGUUGAAGAUUAUAUAUGUAAAGCAGGAAAAGUCGUGUCCUUGUUGGACAAAGCCACUAUGGGAGCAAGUUGUGUGUACUGGGAGGCUUUAAAAGUCGAUUUUGCACUGGAGACGUCGGAUAAAAAGCAUCGGUAUGUGAGCAGAACGUGUCAGUGGUCGUGGCGCAGUGAGAGGUAGACAAGCGUGAACAGAUUCCUCAAAACCAACUAGUCAUGUGGAAAUGGUUUUUGAUGACCUUAAACCAGAGUGAAUUCUCCAUUUGAGUGGGCGUCUAGAUUUCUGUUCCGUUUAUCCUCUGUGGCUGACAGCUGGCAGCCACUAGGGGGUGCUGUUUAGAGUAGUACUUUGGUGUUGUGCUGGUGGGAAAUUGGCAUGUGUAUGUGUUGAUGAUAAGAAAGUGAGAUGGACACACAGAUAUCCUGUUGGCUGUUUUACGCUUGAGAAGGAAAUCGAUUUGCUUCUAUGCAUUUAGUCAGUUUUAAAAGAAUUUCUUUUAUACAACGGACACAUCUGGGAGAACGAGCUGUACGUUUUGGGAAAGAAGUUCUGACUGAUGGAACAUUACUGGCAUGUCUCGUACAAGAUGAUGUGGCAGACUUUGGGAUUUUAUUUAAGUUUUUAUUGAGCAUCACAUUCCAGAGGGACUGAACACUCUACAGUGACCUUUCUCUGUGUAUGAAUUAUUGGGAAAGCACUGUCAGUACACCACUGCACCGUUCCAUUCAUCAUGAAUACCAUCAGUUCAUGAGGAAUGUGGACAGGGCACAUGUGUUCUCAGUGGUUUUCCUUAAGUUAAAGGGGCACUCCACCAAUUUUAUACAUGAAAUUCAGUUUACUAGACAUAAAAGUUCUACUCAGCAUGUAAAAAUGGUUGUAUAAUGUUGACUGUAACUCUGGAGGGAGCUCCUGGAAAUGAACCCCAGUGAUGUCCCCAGUGGGGCUUUUCCACUGACACUUGUGGCUGUGCCAUUGUACUUUUCUGUUUCCACUGGAACCACUUUAAAUUGGGAGGGAUGGGCCCACUGUAGAGUGGGGCCACAGCGUGCCCACCCUGCCUCAGAGCAGGCUGCAGUGACAGCAGCCAAACGGUGUCAAGGUGAAAAAUAAUAAUUACAACAUAAGCUGUCAUGGCUGGUUUUAAUGGGGACUUUUAAUUGCAAAGACUUCGUAGGAAAUUAAUUGGAACUAUUACCGAUUUAGCAGAGCAGCUAUUCUUUGAUAAUGCUGCUGGAAGGAGUAUUUACAGCCGCUCCGUUGAUGAUUACUCAAGACAAGAGCAUGUAACCCUGUGUAACUGGAAUGCAAAUCCUGCCGCGAUGGGCUGAUGUGCCACGUCAGUCAGAGUCAAGUCAAGCCAGCACAUUUGUUCGGAAAAGCUCCACAGAGUUACUACAUGGAGACUAAAAAAAAGGGAGGGGGGGUCCAAAAGCCUGUGUUCCAAACUGGCCAUGUUCACUUUGACAGACGUCUAUUACAUGAACAUAAUCUAACAGAAGAAAUUAGAGUUGAACUGUGGGAGAUGAAGGCUUUAGAGUUUCUAGAGCUUGACCCAUAUUCAUACGGACUAAAAUCAGAUAAUCUCAGCCUCUGCUGCUUUAACUUGGUUAAAUCUUCUUUGAAAUUUUUAUCCAUCUCUUACAUCAUCACUUUAUUCAGUGUACGUAAUCGUGGGAGUGCCCCAUAAAUUCAUAAACAAACUAGACUGAGGUCAGUAUAAAGUGUUUGAGCUGUCCUGAGUUGGAGAGAUGUGAAGUGAGCAACAGUCCUGUGCUGAAGACGCAUGGUGGAAAAGUAUCGUGUCUGUUUUACAAACGGCUAAGUUCAUAUCCUGAUGAUGACGAUGAUGAUGAUGUUAUUAUCCACUGAGGCAGGUUCUGCAGCCUGUAAGCUGUUUCUAUGGUGACAGUCAGUUUAUCCAUGUGUACUGGGGAAUCUGUACAGAUUUCUGAUGAGAUGAUUUGACCAUGCAUGCUUAUGAAUACAUUACGUGGAAUACUGUGUGCAUGUAAACGCGCUCAGUAUCUGCGAACAAUAUUAUCUUUCUGAUACAACAUGUUUCUCUAUUCUUUUUAUCACGCGUCUUCUUAAUUUGAGAGGCGUGACGUUAUUAUUUAUAUUUAAAUGCUUGUACACAUGCAUUUAUCGCAUGAAAAUCAAUAGCGCCUUUUUAUUUGAAUAAAUAUUGCACAAAUGAUUCCAUGAAAAUUGCUGCUAUUAGCAUUGUAAAUUUACCUGUAAAUGGAUCAGCUGAUUUAUCUAACACACUCUAUCUCUAACUGUAGAUUGGAAUUGAAUAGUUUUGUUUUUUAAUCCCAGACAGAGAAAGUCAGUGCAUCGGUUCGGUGGCCAAUAUAUUUUUAAUAUGAAGCAGUACAAUUGCUAGAAAUGAGGCACUUUGUCAUGUGAGCCUUGAAGAAGAAGUGGGAGUGACAGCUGGAAUAUUUUCUGUGUGAGAAUUCAUUCCAUCUCUUUUAAAAGCGGAGGAGGAAACUAUAAUGUUGGAGCUAAAGGCAGUUUAUCAUUACAGUGGAGUUAUUAUUUAUUAUCUGGCCUUAAAGCCAUUUGAUUGGUUACUGUAGGUGGCUGUCUGCUUCGUUAUUGGCUGACAAGUUGUGAAGUGGCUCGUAGGUUGGACUCUUGGUUGUUUAGAUAUUGUGGUUCAUAACAGUUAUGUGGUAAUGAAGGAGGGGAUUUAGGUUUUCUCGUGUGUGUGUGUGUGUGUGUGUGUGUGUGUGUGUGUGUGUGUGUGUGCGUGCGUGUUGGGUGGGUGUGGCUUCGAUUCAGUCGUGUCAGAGUUCUUGCCAAGAUGGGAAAUGAGCACCAGCUGCCACUUUACUUACUGUACUUUGGACUUGAGCUGAGAGCGACCAACAUGAACCCUCCUGCUCUCUCGAUACAUUUAGGUUCAGUCUCUGCGGCUGCCGUCCGUUCCCAUCCUGGUCUGUGCUCGGGACACUGUUAAAGGGGUUUGAGAUCACUUCAGGCUUCUGGAUGUCCUAUUAUGUUAUUGUGCCUCAGAAAUCACAUGACGAUAUAUCUUCCACACGCGCUUCAGUUCAUUUGCACAGAAGUCUCCAGAGGGAAUCGAAGAGUUCAUGUCUGGAACCCUUUUAUACGUAGGAAGAAAGAAAAUACUUUUUUUUAUAUAUAAAUAUAUUCAGUGCUGUCAAGUUUGCGGUUGUUCUUUAAAUUGUACUGAAACUGUCUUAAUUUUCUGCUUUCAAGUCAGUAUUUUAGAGGUUUUUGGAGCAAUAUUCUUCAGCUAUAUUCCUUCACUCACUACAUUUCAAGUAAAAAGAAGAAAAUGACUUAAAUUGGGAGCUCUUAUUUCACAUGACAGCAGAGCUGAGCUCAAACAUUGUGUUAAUAAGUGACUUUGUCUUUCUCCUCAUGAAGCAUUAGUUUAACAGACGUGCUGUGACGCUGACAUUACAUAGAAAAGUGCAGCUCACAGCUUGCUUCAGGCAUGUGAUCCAACAUUUCACUAAGGAACUGUAAAAAGAGGAAAGUAGCGUUAGUAAUAAGUGUUUUGCUCAGAAUGGAUUUAAUGUUUUAUUUCUCUGCCAGCAGUGUUAUUUAUGUGACUGUAUGAUCCACAAGAACCACAUUCUGUUCAGUUCUUACUGAUGUGAUUUGUGUCCAAUCUUCAGGCGGCAUAUUGAUCUGAUCUGUGCGAGUCUUCAGCCCCUCAGAAUGUUUUAUUAUUUUUACCGUUUCAUUUCUAAAGUGCUUUUGUUUGGCUCAGAAUUAGUCCCAUAUCUUUGUUGCAUUUCCUGUUGCUCCGUGCUAACUAUGGGAUCACUGGUCUGGAGCAUCAUGUCCCGCCUGCCGUAACGUGGCCUUCAAUCUGGAGCCAGACUGGUUUUAGCAGGAACAAUCCCAGCUAACAAACAUGCUGUACUAUAUAAACUCUGUGUGCUAUUGGAGAGAGUAAUUCCAAAACCAUAUGAGUACCCUGGUUUACCACUUUAAAAACAUCAAAAUAAUCCCUUUUUCUAACGGAGUAAGUUCCUAUUCUAAGGACGUGGAGUGGUUUUUGGAUGAAGGUUGAACCUGUAUGAAGGCUGGUGUGUUGCCCCCUGGUGGCUGUUGUUGCACCUCAGUCAGAAAAGCCGACUUCCACACAGGGAAUUUUAUACACUACCAGAAAAAUAAUGCAUAAAUAAUAAAUCAGCGAAUUUACACCGCAGCACUGCCCUAAAGCAGCAUGCCUGACAGCUUCUGCCUACCUGAGAUCAUUCACUACCAGGCAGAGAGAAAAAAAAAAAAAAAAAAAAAGUAAUGAGCUUGAUUUGUUUGUAUUUUCCAGGCGCUAAAACACAAGUUUUCACCUUUAUUACUACCUCUGUCUCGCCUGAAUGGAGUGUUCUGCCAACUUCUUCCCUGAGGCCUUGUGUACCUGCUUCAUGAGUGAGCUGGCUGCACCCUGUUCACUUUCUGCUUGUUGGAUAACCCACACAAACGAGCAAUACUUGGCUGUCAGGUGAUGCAACAAAGCUGCAUUGCAUUUUGGGGGGCAAAAACAAAACAACAAAAAAAGAAAAAGUCUGUUUUUCCAGGAAGAUUCUGAGACAACCUCUCCUCUUGGUGCAUUUUAAAGGCAGUUGGUAUCAAUACAGUGUUGCAUUAACAUUUCCAAGGUACCAGCAGCCAUGUUUAACUGAGCUGUGUAAUAAUAGAAGGCUGCUAGGAGCUUCAGGAGGGGGCUUGGUGCUUGCUAAGUCAUGGAGUUUAAGUAAAACCUCGUUACUCCUGCAAAAAAAAAAAAAAAAGCCCCUCCGGUCCCUGUAAGCUUUCACAGAUUCAGCUGAAGAAAACUUUAAUAAUCCUACGUGGGUUUAACGCAGCCUCGGCCCAGUCAGCAGUAUUACUACAUCACCCUGACUAAUCAUUAUCAGUUCCGUUUGUUGCUACUGUUGAUUCUGUGGAGCGGGUUGGUCUUGAUGUCUCAUUUGUAAGUGUGAGUGCACCGUUGGAGUGGUUGUUCUAUGUAUGUAUGUAUGUAUGUAUGUAUGUAUGUAUGUAUGUAUGUAUGUAUGUGUAUAUAUGCGCAUAUUAAGACUUAUAAAAAGAAAGAUCUGAGCACAAGUUUGGGUUUUGAUUAAUUUAAUUGUUUAAUGUAAUUCUAUGCUGCAAUCCAAAGAAUAAACAUGUAUUAUAAUACA